AUGGCUGCAAAGAAAUGGCUGCAACUUUAUCUCUUCAAGCAAGCAGCUAUACCUACACUUCACCUGUCGCUUUGUUGUAUUCAACCCAUCUUCAAGGGAGGCUUCUACUAUGACCUUCUUGCUAAAACCAACGAAAGUUCUCUCAGAUUCCAGUCCUUCACAAAGAACUCUGCAGGCCAGGUUAUUAGCCCUUCUUCAACAGGUUACUUUAUAAUCCCUAGUGAUUUUUUCAGUUCUGGCAAGCUCAACAUGGAUCUCUGCAUAUGGCGUAAUGGUCAAUGCCCAGCAUCCUUUCAAAGUAUUGGUGUUGCUUAA